GGAGCGGGUCCAGGGCGGGUCCGGAGCGGGUCCGGAGCGGGUCCAGAGCGGGUCCAGAAUGCUCGGAGGGUCGUAUUCGUUGGUGGAGGACAGUUUCAGUCGGUUCCCGUCGCAGAGCAACAUUUACGGUCUGUGUCAGGCCGGGGAGCAGCAGCUGCUGGCRGCUACUCUUAAAGGGAAGGUGGUCUGUUUCCGGUACCAGGAGCUGCAGCAGAAGGUCCGGCCGGUGGCCAAAGAGGUCCAGUUCACCUACAUACCAGUUGAUGCAGAAAUUGUCUCAAUCGACGCCUUCAACAAGUCCAGUCCCAGAAGAGGCCUGGUGGUGGGCAUCACCUUCAUAAAGAAAGCUGUCUGAAUCUGGAGCUGCAGUUCACUCCCUUCCAGCUCUACCACACAGAGGUUCAGUGUCCCRAUGGAGGCAUUGAUACGGUGUUUCUGCUCAGCGGGCAUGACCAGAGGAUCCACCUGUACAAGGAGAACGCCUCUCUGCACCAGUUUGAAGAGCAGCCGGUGGAGAAACUGUUUCCUGAACUCCAACAGCUGCCUAGCAAUGCGUUGUGGUUGGAUAUGUUGAGAACAGCUGAUGGGCAGCGCCUCUCAGCAUUUGGCUGUCAGAAUGGCUGCGUUGGACUUGCUCUGGUCAACCAGAACGGACCAGAGGUUCUGCAGAGCUGGCGUGUUCAGUUUGACAGUCCCAUCUCCACUGUGCUGCUGUUUGGACUGAGCUGCAGAGACACUGAGCCCAGCGGAGACAGAAGUAAGGACAUGGAGGGUUAUAACCUGCUGAUMACCAGCACUGUUGAGAUGGCAGUUAUCUACAGAGAUGUCCAGAACCAUGGCUUGUCUUGGUCCACUUGUUUGUCAGAGAGCGAUCAGUCAGAUGCUGUUCUUUGUGCGCUGGUCAUUGACCUGGACUUUAACGGACAGAAAGAGGUGCUGUUGGGAACAUAUGGGCAGGAGCUCCUGUGUUAUAAAUUCCAACCGUCACUUGGUGAAAAAGACGGCGAGUUUCAGCUGCAAUGGAGGCAGAGCUUCAAGAGUCCUCUGCUGUCCAUCACUUACCUGGACCUGACAGGGGAUGGUCUGAGAGAGCUGGCUGUCCUCACACUGAAGGGACUGCACAUCUUACAGCACAGUCUGACUUGCACUGCUGAUCUGGUCCUGAGUAGACUCGCCCAGAGGGUGUUGGCGCUGACUUCCAGCUCCGAGGCUGCAGAGACGAAGGAGACCAGCGUCUCAGCUCAGAUCCAGGAGGACACCUGUCAGACACCUUGAUGUUAACAAAAAGAUGGCAUUUUGUUGACGUGUGUUAGUGUGCUGUGUGACGACAUCACAGCUGAGGCUCAGUGGACUGAGCUAUGGCUUCAGGUUCUUGAUUCUACCUUCAUUCCUUCAGGAGGAAUCUGUUCUCAGUCUAAUCCAGGCCCAGAUGGAGACUGGACCCUGCAGCUCCUCAGGGCUCCCAAGGUGACCCCAGACCAGACAAAAAAACUUACAAAAACAUAUACAUGCACACACACAUUUAAAUAAGUAGAAGGAUACACAGGCUCAUAAACGUUGUGGUAUUUGUACCACCGUACCAUCAAAGGAGUUCUCAGACAGGGACAUACCCAGAAACCUCCAGAUGCAGGAUUCUAGGAGGGCUCCUGAUUGGAUGCUUGAAUCUGCUCUCUGCGCUGACCUUGGCCACCCUACAGAAGACACUAACUACAGCUGCUAGGAUCCAGGAUCUGGUUCUGUCUCACUCCAUCGUGACCUGCUGACCAGAGGUGAGGGUUGAAAAGUAGACGAACCAAUAGAGAGCUUUGCCUCUCACAGGGUUAACAAAUCAGGGUUAUCAAAGGUCAUAAAAAAUUUCAUUGUAACCAUCUUGAAGCCUUAAAAAUCUUAAAUUCGUGUUCAUUCAUACGUUGCUAUUUCUAUCAACCUUGGAAGAUGUGCUGGUGGCUUUGAUUUGUUCCGUGUUGCACACAGGAUAAAUUAUAGAGAUGUGUUUUA